GUGUCGUGAGAAACGCGAUGCGCGAAUCUUGAUGUAUGUCGUGCGAGACGCACGCGAUUUCUACCUGGCGUGAGAUACCGGGUGAAACCUGUGCGAUAAACGCGGCUUCGCGCGCGGCCGGUCCGACUGUCAUCGUUGCGACAAGCGACACAACCGGCUACGUACGUCCGUAAACGCUCGAGAUCGGCACACGGCGCAUCGUAACUGGUACGUUCUCAUCGAGAAACGCCAUUUUGUGGUGCGCGCUGAUCAGGGGGGGACGUAAACAUCGAACUUUCCAAUUGUAUUCGGUUGCGGUGGGACGACGAUCUCAUCGACGCGUCGCCGUCCGUGCAACCCUUUCGUAAACGGCCGACGUCGCUCCUGCGAUCCCGAUGUACGUUACGGCACGACAUCGCCCCGUGUCGUGCUGACGCGGCGACGUUUCGCGCCAAAUCACCCCGUUGGGGACGCACACCUGGCGCACGCAGGAACAGCUGUCGCCGCGUCGCCGAUCGCACGAUAUCGGCGUUUCCCUCGCGAUUUCCGGACGCUUAUUCGUCCAAAGUCAGAGUUGCAGCGUGACAAGAUUUAAUUGUUAAAUGAGACUUGAGUGCUGUGACAAAAAUGACAGUAUUAUCCAGAUAAAUAUUCUUAAAGAGACUUGAAGAUGUGCUUUUUGUCAUUCUAAAGAGGCUUGAUGAGUGAACAAAAAUAUAAGGAAUGGUAUUCUAUUGGAUUCAGCUGGAUGUCAGAUAAGCUGAAAAAUGUCUGGUGAUUCAGGAUGGAACGCCGUUAUUCACCAUCCCUCGGAUUUAGAAUUGCAAAAUUGGAAUUGGGAAGAAAACGAUGGGGAGCAAGAGAAGGAGCUCCCCUCAACCGUUGAUAUGGAUGCCAUAAAGGGUGGUGGUAGCUGGGAUCCUGCUACUGAACCUAAUGGAACAGAUUCGGUCGAUUCCGAAGAAGAUUCUGAUUCCGACGACGAAAGCUCUGGUGGUAGUGAAGGCAGUUGCUCUUAUUCAGAUUCUAAUUCAGAGUCAGACGACGAAAGUAGCGGUGACGAGGAAGAGGAUAGUGGAUCUAAUUCGGACUGCUCUUCCGAGCACAGCGAACAAACGUUUUCCAUUCAAGAGACUAACUUUGAACAAGGUGCAUUGAAAUUGAAAAUCACCAUGAAAGGUCCGAAAAAGGAGGACACUGAGAAAGUUAAAUGCGAAAAAGGCAGAAGGAACAUUCCGAAAAAAUCAAAUAAGACCAACCAAGGAAAUAAGUCCUCAGAAUGUAGUAGCGAAGAUUCAGAUUCAUCUGCGAAUCACGUGCAAUCGCAGACACAACAGCAAUCGUCGCAACAGCAUCACGCGCCGUUACAAGAAAUCAACCAGGAAGAUUUGGCGACGAUUUUACCGCCACAGGAGCAAGAAGACGCGCCGUUUGACGGAUUCGAGGACUCCGAAAGUGGCCGGCUGGUGUCGAAAGCGAUCGAACGCAUGUCGCUCGGCGCGGAUUCGGACACAAGCGAAAACGGCGAUCAGAAUCCAGUGCCGGUGUAUAGUUCUACUCUGUUGCAGCAAUUCGUGGAAAAGACCGCCAUGCUGUCGGAACCGCGAAAGAGACGCAGCAAGUGUGGUAAAAAGGUGAACAACGACAACGAGUACCCGUGCGUGUCGAAUGUGUCGCCCGAUUCUGGCAUUCAAUCGGUAGACAACAGUCCGCUGCACUUGGCGGUCAGUCCUGUCAGUCCGUCAGCGCCGACACAAUCUCCGAUCCAACCGCCGAUCACCACUAAACCGGCGGUGAACGUCGAUCGAGUUUUGUAUCCGCCUAAACGGAAACCCGGCAGACCGGCGAAGGCGGUGUCCACGCAACCGCGCGGACCCGGCAGGCCGCGUUUAAAGCCGGAGGUCGAGAAGGUUCAGAAGGUCGAGAAGGUUCAGAAGGUCGAGAAGAUUCAGAAGGUCGAGAAGGAGAAAAAUGAAUCUUCAAAAAAUCUAAAGAAUCCUGAUUCUCGGUCGACAGAGAAGAAAGAGGCUACUAAGGAAACAGCCGCGAAGAAGACGAAAGAGGACGCGUCCGUGAUGAGAAAACGAGGUAACGCGAAGUCCGUUGCGCCGAAGGAGGAAAAGGAAGAGGCAGCUCCCGUGAGUAAAAGAGUCAAGGGUAAGCCGGCGACGUAUCAGAAGAAGCGUUUCGGCAGUCUGUCGAAGCUCGUCCUUCCACAGGACAACGUCCAUCCAAAAACGAGGAAAAGUACGGGAUCGACGAGCUCGCCGAUGCGAGUAAAGUGCCUAAGCAGAUCCGCGAGCAAGCUCGUGUCGCAGUGCGACGGUAGGAGUUGCAGGAAAGUCAGGCAGGAGAGAACAUGCACGCAAUCCAACAAGGCGUCGGUGCCGUUGACACGACAAAAGCAAACGUCGUGCGAGCAUCAGGUCGCCAACGACCCGAAGGUGUCGAGCACCGGUAAAAGAACCGGCUCGAAGGAAAACAGGAGCAACGCGACGGUCGUCGCGUCCCGAAAGCAGAAUCUGGCGAAGAAGACUGCGCCACCAGCCACGACGAGGCGUGUGUUGAAGGAGAACAAAUGCAACAAGAAGACGACUGCGGCGAACUUCGAGAGUAACGGCGUGGGUGUGCAAACGUUAAUAUCGUUGCCGGUCGGUCAUAUAUUGAAGGCGGAAAACGCGGAGCGCGCGUCCGGCAAUAGCAAGUGCGACAAGGCGAUGCAGCCGACGCAGCACAAUCAUUGCCACAAGACCCAUCAUCACCAUCAUCAUCACCACCAUCAUCACAAGCAUCGUCGGAGACUGGUCGCACCACCGAAGAAUCCGAUCUUCAUCGAUCCGAGCAUUAUCCAGGAACUGGAGAAACUGAUCGAGGAAUUCAAGAGGUCUUGCAGUCUCGGCAGGAACAACGCCGGCGCUAAUCACUCCGAAUUGCCGCAGAUCUUCCGCGUGAAGAAGCUGACGAAGAAGAGAAAAGGUGAGGCCAGCGUGAACGAUGAUCAGAAGUUGAAGCGGCGCUUGAAGAAGGAAAAGGUGCUGGCGGGCGCCGAUUCCAAGAGCAGCGCGAACACCAGCACGAGUUCGAAUCCGAACGAGCAGCGGCUGCCUCUGAAGAAGCGCCACUAUCACGUGUCGAGUCCGCACAGCUCACAGAGUUCGAACGCGAGUUGUGCGGACGCGAACGCGAACGAGUCCAACUCUACGGAGAGCCAUAUAGAGGAGGCGAUCGAAGCGACUAUCACGAGAUACGGUGGCGGCGGCGGCGGCGGCGGCAGCUCGACAUCCUCCGUACACGAAGACGCCGUGCCGGUGAAGAAGCCGCGAGACGCCGAGAACGCGGCGCCUGAGAAGCCGGCCAGCGACGAGGACAAGUCCGUCGUUCAAUCUGAGGUUCAACCGCGCCGGAAGAAGAAAAUUAUCAAGGAUCUCCGCGUCACUGUCACGAAAUUGCUGUCUGAGAAUCACGGUGUUCUCGACAAGAGCGACAAGUCGGACAAGUCCGCGGAGAAAGGUUCGAAAACUACGGAGAAAUCUGGCAAGUCGGAAAAGGCGGUGGUGGAGAAGCCGACUAAGGCCGACAAAGCGCAAUUAGAGGAAAAGGCGAACGUCGAGCACGUUCGCACGGAAAAGAAUAUCAAGGUCGACCUGGAGACAAACGCAUCCGAGACAUUCGAGGACGGCGAGACCGUUGCCGAGACCAAAGUAGCUCAGAUCGGCAACUCGAGCGUGCCGAAUCUCAUGAACAACACCGCGGCUACGAUUCUUACGAAGAAAAAGAUGCGAAGGCGGAAGACCAUCAAUCGCACGGGUUUCCCCACCCUGAAGAAGAAGAAGAAAAAGCUCAUCGAUUCUCCAGGAGUAACGAAAUCAGCGAUGCCGGCCGGCACGAAUGGAGUAUGCAAAACGUGCAAGGAUCAGGACGCGCCCGAGGAUGCGGAGGACAAUAAGGCGUCUUUGACGGAGAACGGCGCUCAGGACACUCCGACGGAGAAAAAGGACGGCGGAGCUCACGCUAAAAGCGACGUGAAGAAUCUGGAUAAUUCUAGCACGAUGCAGGAGACGUCUAGUCGAAGCGGCUCCGACGAGGUGGCCGAGUCCAGUCCCACCAGUGGUCAGCUGCGCGUACGCAAGGAUCUCGUGGAGUCCGACAGCAGCGUGCUAUCCGAGAAGCUCUACCCGAGUCCGAUCAAGGAUGAGAAACUUCUCGAUUGUCGACAUUCCACGAUCUACGACGAAAACGCGUCGCUCGAGGAGUCGCUCGAGCGUUACAAUCAGAGUAUGCAGCGUAUCGCCGAAUUAAACGAAGAGAACCUGAGGAAAUUGGAGCGUGCGAGUGCGCAAGCGGCGGCGGGCGUCAAAAUGGAGCUGUCCGGCUGUUUCAAUAACAAUCACAAGCGACGACGCGGUUCGAGCAGUCCCGCUAAUCUGUAUGUUGGUGGCAGGAGUGCGAAAAGAUUGAGAAGUGCGGGCUACGACACAGAAAGCGAGGCGCCGCCGAGCAGCGAUGUGGCUAGUGAGGAUCAGGAGGUUAGGAAACCUGCUGGUCCGCCUACUUACAAUCGAAAGAAACAGUCACGGUGGAAAAAGCGAUAUUUGCAGACCAGCAAUAUGUUUUCCGAGUGCAAGAAGAAUCUUGAAUCCAAGAAGCUCGAGAGAAACGACAUUGUUUGUCCAAUCGAUGAGCAUAACACUGCGGAACAAUUGUCGAACAUCACUGGAAAGUUGCUGCGACAGAAGAAAACACCAUUUCAACUGCAGUAUGAUUUGUUAUGGCUGCACGAUCAGUCGAAAUUGUCCGGUCGGGACUCGGAUGUUCCAUCAUGGAAUUACAGAAAAAUUCGAACAAAUAUUUAUUACGACGUUAAGCCGACUACUCUUUACGAAGCACAAGCCUGCGAAUGCAAGCCGGAAAGCGGUUGCGGGGAUGAUUGUAUUAAUCGCAUGGUAUUCAGCGAAUGUUCACCGCAGCUGUGUCCUUGUGGCGAAAAAUGCGAGAAUCAAAAGAUUCAGAAACACGAGUGGUCACCAGGAUUAUUGAGGUUCAUGACGAAGGAUAAGGGAUGGGGAGUGAAGACGCAACAAGCGAUCAAGUCAGGGGAUUUUAUUCUCGAAUAUGUGGGCGAAGUUGUGUCGGAGAGGGAAUUUAAAUCAAGGAUGGCGACUAGAUAUGCCAACGACACGCAUCACUAUUGCUUGCACCUGGACGGUGGACUGGUGAUCGACGGCCAUCGCAUGGGUGGCGACGGUAGAUUCGUCAAUCACUCAUGCGAGCCCAAUUGCGAGAUGCAGAAAUGGAGUGUGCUUGGUCUACCACGUAUGGCUUUAUUCGCAUCGAGGGACGUUAAACCGGGGGAGGAAUUAACGUAUGAUUAUAAUUUCGCGCUCUUCAACCCUUCGGAAGGACAGCAGUGUAGGUGUGGUAGUAGCGCUUGCAGAGGUGUCAUAGGUGGAAAAAGUCAAAGGGUGACAAAAAGCAUUUCAUCUCUACCGUUGCAAGUGGGAUCCACGGAAAGAAGAUCAGUGGGCAGGCCACGGAAAAAUAUUCGAAAAUCAAACACGGUACAAUCGGCCAACUCGAAGAGCAUCUGCAAAUCUCGCAAAGUGGGAGAUCCGAUUUUAACGCACAACACGCCACAAUUGAAACCGAUGUCUUACCAGCAGCGAUGCUUCGCGCGCGAGCAUCAUUGCUUCUUGCUGAGGAAUCUGGAGAAGGUGCGGCGACUAAAAACUGCAUCGGUGCAGCAGGUUCAAGUGCAGAAUGGAAAGACGAAGAUCGGUAAUGCGAGCGCUGCGAAGGAAAAGAGCUCCGGCGAUUCGAAGGCGCAGUCUGAUGCAUUUUUCUCGCAAUUAACCGCGCUGACGAACACCAACGCGCGAACCGUGCGAACGCGUAGACUCGCACAGGCACAGGACGAUCCGGAGGUACACAAGACUGCAAAAUUAGCUAAGGUACUAAAAGAUUUAUAUACGAUCGUUACAACGGCGAAUGACGAAAACGGUCAACCGUUGUCCACUCCGUUUAUGAAUUUGCCACCGAAAAGAAAAUUACCUGAUUACUAUGAAAAAAUAAUCGAGCCUAUCGACUUGAGCACAAUAGAUCAGUGCAUCGGCACUGGUCAUUACAAGACGGCGGAUCACUUCGAUCAAGAUAUGAUAAGACUCUUCGACAACAAUGUCAGAUACUUCGGCAGGACAUCUGAGGUAGGAAUCGCCGCGGCAAGACUCCGGAAGUUGUACUUAGGGAGGAAACCUGAUUUCGUGGAUCCAAUAACGGAAGCGACAGGUUCUCCGCCAUCCCAGGGCUUCUUGCCACCUCGUGGUUCCACGGCCGGUGAAGAGGAUGUGAUCAGAUGCAUUUGCGGGCUGCAUAGGGACGAAGGUUUAAUGAUCCAGUGCGAGCGGUGUCUCGUUUGGCAGCAUUGCGACUGUGUUAAAGCGGAUACAAGCGCCGACUCUUACUUAUGCGAAAGGUGCCAACCACGCGAAGUUGAUUUGGAGAUUCCAUUGGAGGGCGAGGAGGAGGAGGAGGAAGGCAAGAAGCAUUAUGUAACGCUGUUGCGAGGUGAUCUACAACUUCGACAAGGUGAUACUGUAUACGUUCUGCGGGACACACCUGAUAAGCACACGUACAAGACUAUACAGAAGCCCGACUACGAGCAGAUGGACAUUUUUAGAAUCGAACGUUUAUGGAAAAACAACGAGGGUGAGAGGUUCGUAUUUGGACACCAUUAUCUCAGGCCCCACGAAACGUAUCACGAGCCAACGCGAAAAUUCUAUGUGAACGAAGUCGUGUGUGCCCCGCUGUACGAAGCUGUUCCUUGCGAUCUUGUGGCCGAGCGAUGCUGGGUAUUGGAUCCUCAUACUUUCUGUAAAGGACGUCCAGUCGGCUCGACUCCCGAACAUACUUACGUGUGCGAGUAUCGCGUCGAUCGUGCGGCGCGACUCUUCACGAAAGUCGCCAGAUCUAGGCACGCAGUGUGCACCAAACCUUACGCAUUCGAAACCUUCCCGCAACGUGCAAAGCAUUAUCGCACUUACUUGCCUCAUAGUCUGGACGGAAUCAAGUUGUCUAAAGAAAAGAAGAAGCACAACAAUCAAGAAGCAGAUGGAAAUCAAAAGUUGGAAUCCGGUGAUAAUGUGAAAGCGCAUAGCAAGGAACACAAAUACGGUAGCAGGACCAGACGAAGGUCGGGCGAGAUUUUGACGAUCGCGCCGUCGACAACAUCGUACGCUCAGAGAGAGGAACAGAGGAAAAAAUUGAACAACAUUCUGCUGAAUCUCUUGCACAAGAUGCCGAAUAAAAAAGAUCCGUUAGAUCUAUCGUUUCUUCUAGAAAGGAACAGGCGAAACCGGAAAAGACCCGGUGGACUCAACCCGUGACAGUGGGUAUCACAACGAUAAUAUAAUACUGUGUGUAUAUAAGCAGGAAAUCUAGAGCUAAUACUAAUUUCAAUCUCAGUCAGAUUAAUAGGUAGGUGGUUAAAUCCGAUUAUUCUAAACAUGGUUCUGCUACGUGAAUCAAGAUAAUAUUGAACAUUAUCCCUCCCCUUCUCACCCUCCUCUCUCUCUCUCGCUCUCUCUCUCUCAAUGAGAAAAGCGUGGGAGAAUUCUCCUCUUUGUACAACCCGUCCAUUGGUGUAACUUAUAUCGAUAUCGUAUAGUCGGGAAUAACAUUUGUCUGAGCUAAACAAUUAUCGAUCAAUGCUUCCCUUUUGUAAACAAUUUUUCUUUUUAAUACAUUGCUAUAUUUUACUCCAUGAGAAAAUUACCUCGAUUUUCGGUCGUCAGAUUCUCUCUGUACCGGAUAGUAAAUAAACGAUAACGUAGCGUGAUGAAUAGUGAUAUCGUUGCAUCAAAGCAAAUAAUAUUAUUGAAAAAAUGCUUCUCCGCUAGUAUGUGUGCACGUUAUGAAAUACCGCGUUUAAAAAUGGCUCCUAUUUCUUCCUAUUUUUACCACUUUUCAGAUGCGCAAAUUAAUAUCAUUCUCCUAUAAAAUUUAUAGAUCUUAACGUGUAUUGUUUAGUUUGCUCCCGACUUUUCAAUUAGACUAUACAAUACAAAAUGCUAUUAAGAAAUUUCUCAUGUUGGAAUGUAUCUAUAAAAAGAAUAAACUUACCUAAGAAUCCACAGGAAGUAUUUAGUACGAUAACACAGGAUUCUCCUAAGACUCUUUAAUUCUGGCAAAACCGUUAUAUACUCUCGAGAAGACGAUUUAAAGGGAAAUGGAAAAAAUUAGAACAUUAAAUGAGUCGUUUUUUUUUUAUAAAUAUAUUCCGGGAAUUUUUGGAAUAGCACCUUGUGACAUUAGGAAUUAUAUCGUAAACAAUGUCUGUAGAUACUUCAGAUUAAGUAGACGCUCGUUUUAUUAUAGGAUAUUUAAGAGAGGAAGGCUAAGAACAUACAGUUGUUUCUCUCCCCCGAAAGUUGGGCUUAUCGCAACUAAUAUUAAUGUAAUCGCGAGUCACACACAAACUUGUAUAGAAAAUCGUUUGUACAUUUUUUCAUAGUUGCGUAGCUGAAUGUACAAAUUACACGUUACGUGGAGUAAGGAUUAUCGAAAGAGUAGAGACACGUUAUACCAGUGCGAAUGUGUGCGGAACCGGCUGGAGAAUAACAAGAAAUAUGUGAAUACGAGCAUGCAUGUAUUAUGUACGCGUGAUGGCGCUUUAUUGCACAGAAGUAAUAUUAUAUUUUUCAUAAUCCCAAUGUUAUUUGAAUCCAGUGUAACAUACUUUCUUCACUUUACAAAAGUCUUUACUAAUGUAUUUAAUUUACUCAUUAUAUAUAUAUAUAUAUAAUAUAUAUAUGUGUGUGUGUGUGUAUGUAUAUAUAUAUAUAAAAUUCUGUAGCUAUAUGUUCCAGAAAAGCCUACUGGUCUUCAAAUUCAGAAAAAUAUCUCCCAAAUUGGUCUUCUUCUCAGCAAUAAAAAUUCUUAAACACUAUACGAUUCAUCAUACUGUUGCAAGGUUCUAUUAAAACUUAUAGCUAUAAAACUAUAAGUUUUAUAUUUUAUUAUUUGUUUGCUUAAGUAAUAAAUUGCUGUUUUUCUAUACACCAUAGAAUCUUGCAAUAAUACUCUGAUGAAUUGUAUAGUGUUUUUAUUGCUGAGAAGAAGCGUACCGAUUUGGAAGAUAUUUUUCUGAAUUUGAGGGGUUUUCCUGGAACAUACAAGUAAAGAACCAGAAUGCCUAGAUAUACACACAUACACAUAUAUAUAUAAAAAUAUAUUGAUAUGGAAUUAUUAUAUAGUCAAACGCGACCGGAUGGGUCUUGUAGUGAUUCCACGAUUGUACAUAUGUACUCAGGACUCCAUAUUUAUUAUUGCAUUACACAGUAUGGUAGAUACAUUAUUACAAGAACGUUUGGUAUACAUGAAUCUUACUUUUUUUUGUUUUCUCUCUCUCUCUCUCUCUCUCUCUCUCACAUAUACUAGAUUAUUCCAUAUAUGUUAGAUUUACUUUUACGGAAACUUUUGAUAUUACAUUUAACGUAAGACGAAAGUAUUUAAAGUGUGUUUAAUUAAAGAUAAUAUUAUAUUAAUGUACCGUGUAUGUAUAAUGUUAACACAAGAGAUAUUUAUAUUUAUUUAAUUAGAAUCAUUAUUUUUGAGCGCUCGCCUUUUUUUUCACUCGGUGUAUCAGCAGUGAGUAAAUCGCCGAAAUAUUUAUUAUAUUGUGUAAUUCAAAAAUAAAAGAAAGGAGACGCGAAGCUGGCCUUCUACGUAAGUAGUGUAUCAUAAAGGGGACACACGGUUUGUGCGAGUUGUUUUCGAAACGAAUUUAAGGAUACUAAUAUUGAUCUGUAUUGGUUUCAACGAGCGAAUUGUAUAAAAGGACGUCGAACGUCAUCGCCACGUAUUUUCCAUGACAUAUAUAAAUAUAUAUAUACUAGUUGCAUCUCUCCCACUCGAUUAUCUUUACGCGAUUUUUGUCCGUUAAGAGUAUGCAAAAAAAAAUGCAACAUAUAUUUAUAUCAUAUUGAUAUCAAAGACAAUAUAUUGGCAAUCAUUGACUAUCGCUUUAUUCUAAAAUAUAUAAUUAUAAUAUUCUAAUUAUAAAUUAUAAAUUAUAUUAUUCUAAAAUAUAUAUAUAUAUUUAUGGUCAUAUAUUUUUUGUGAGAUAUUUUUAGCGAUUCGGAAAUGUUUUGCUGAUUAUAUAUUUCUAUUUGCUUUUCUACCUACUCAUGAUGCAUUCUGCUAUACACACGAUGUUUCUAGGCAUGACCUUUCAUCCGUAGAUGAGCCAUUCUUUCUCAGUUAUGUAACAAUGUCGUUAACAAAUAUAACUACAGGUGUAAUAAUUCGAUCUUCAUUCGAAUAUCUUAAAACCACAUGCUGUACAAUGAAUAAAUUAUACGAUUGAAUACGUUCCGUACAAUAUUGUGCAUUGUACGUUACUUUUAAAAGGGAUGCCAUGCAAUUUUUGUAAUUGUACGAAUGAAAAUGCAUAUCAUGUAUGAUUUUUUAAAUUAAUUCAUGUUAUUGGUAAGGUUUGAUGAGACCGAUUGGGAGUCUAAUGUUAUAUAAACGGAUCCUUGCGUACUUUUAUACCAAAAAAUCGGCAAGAUCCAAUUAUUUUUUCACGUGUGAAAUAUCUUUCGUCUUACGUUCAUCAAAUUAUUUUAAUCACGAAAGCGCGGCUUUAUAUGUGUCACAGCGACUUUGUUUCGCACAUCAUUAUUAAUCGUUGUUUGAAUUGUCACGCAUAUUUGAAUGCGGCACUCGGUGCAUUAGCGGUAUUUUUCAGCUCAUCAAUCAUUCGCGUAACAGUAGCUGUGUAAUAACUUGCCUUUUGAGUUUUGCUUAUACAUAAUUAACACUAUUAUAUAUAACACAUUUGUAGAUGUAAUCAAAAGAAGAAAUCACAAGAAGAAAGAAAAAGAGAAGAUUGUUGCGACGACAGUUUUCGACUACUUAUGUAGUGCAUGUACAGACCAUUGUAUUGUAUUCUGGUGAGAACACAAAUACACGUGAAAAAGUUUCCUUACAA